AUGAUUGAUUAAACUACUUACUUAUUCAACUAAUUAGCUAAUUAAUACUUGAAAGUUAAUAUUGAACAAAAUAUGAUUAUAGAUCCUGAAAUCCAUAAAAUUCUUCAUCUACUUCAAAAAAAAGUGAGACAACCAAAAUUAAAACCUUAUCAGAACUCUUAAUUCUAUUACCUAAUAAAUCAUAAGAAUUCUUGGAUUAAUUUACACCUACAUUUAUCGAUAUAUAUAUAAAAAAUAUGUAGAUAAUGA